UAAUCUAAGAAUAUCUCACUACACUGGAAGAAAUGGAAGCCCAAAGACCACAUGCCGUCUGCAUUCCCGGUGCAGUUCAGGGACACAUAUGCGCCAUGCUCAAGUUAGCCAAGCUUCUUCAUCACAGAGGCUUUCACAUUACCUAUGUUCUCACUCAAUCCAACUAUUCCCACAUCAUGGAAGCCCGAGAUUUCCGCCCUCUCAAUCAAUCACCCACCUUCCGCUUCGAAAUCAUCCCCGACGGCAUUCCGCCUAGGGAAAGCCGCAUUAGCGCAACAGAUUUCACUGAUAUCGCUUCGAUUCCGAAGAAUUGCUAUGCUCCGUUCAGGGAGCUGAUUCAAAAGCUAAAUGUAGCCUCGUCGGAUGUCCCUCCGGUCUCUUGUAUAGUUUCCGAUGCUAGUAUGUCGUUCACUAUUGGGGCUGGGCAGGAGCUUGGUAUUCCAGGGGUAUCGUUUUGGCCCCUUAGUGGCGUCGGGAGUAUGCUGCACCUAUAUUCUCCUCACCUCCGUGACAAGGUAUCAAUAAACAGCGAUGAUGACUACAUUAUUAAUUGGAUCCCAGGAGUGAACAGUAUUCGUUUAGGCGAUAUCCCAACCACGGCUUGGUCACGCAAUCCAAAUGACCCCAUCGUCGACUACACAAUUUCUCAACUUUCAGGAAACUACAAAGCUUCCGCUUUCAUAUUUCACACAUUUGAUGAGCUAGAACCCGAGGUGUGCACUGCAUUGCGUUCUAUGUUCAAUCGAGCCUACACUAUCGGACCCAUUCCACUACUUCUCAAGGGGUUCCCAGAAAGUGAAAUCAACAAAAUUGAAUGUCAUAUGUGGAAAGAAGAUCAAGAUUGUUUUAAAUGGCUCAAUUCUAAAACUCCAAAAUCCGUAGUUUAUGUAAACUUUGGUAGCUUGGCAGUUACCAGCCCUGAUAAGCUGGUAGAGUUGGCAAUUGGCCUAUGCAAAAGCCAGCAAAACUUCUUGUGGAUCAUCCGCCCCGAACUCAUUUCUGGCGGCGAUUGGUCUGCAGUUCUCCCUCCCGAGUUUAUGGAUGCGAUCAAGGGCGGCGGCAAAGGCUAUGUGGCCAGUUGGUGCGAUCAAGAACAAGUGUUGAACCACCCUUCUGUCGGAGGGUUCUUAACGCAUUGUGGAUGGAACUCGAUUGUAGAAAGUCUGAGCGCAGGAGUGGCAAUGAUUUGUUGGUCAUGUUUUGCCGAACAAAGACUAAACCGAUUGUGUUGUUGCUCUCAAUGGGGGUUUGGUCUAGAGAUAGAGCUUGAUGUUAAUAGAGAGAACGUUGAAAGUGUGGUGAGAGAGCUAAUGGAAGGAGAAAAGGGUAGAGAGGUGAAGCAGAAGGCAAUGUUUUGGAAGGAGAGAGGUGAUAAGGCCAUUGGUGUUGGAGGCUCAUCAUUUUCCAAUUUGGAUAAGUUGAUUGGGGAAGUAUUGUUGAAUGGUUGCCCACAGUUUGAAACCUAAGACCUGGGAAUUUAUUAUUUUUCUAGGUUGUUUAAACUCUUUCAAACUAAAAGAGUCAAUAGAUAAUUUAUGUAAAGAGUUGAAAUUUAAGAUUAUCUUGUUUUAAGUUAACUCAAUUGGAGUUAAUUAAUUAGUCCAAAGUUUAGUACUUUGUAAGUAAGAAAUAAUGGACUUGUUUGUACUAUUUGUGUAAGUUCAAAUAAUUUGAUAAGGCAACAUUUGUAUAA